AUGUUGUUGUUUUUUCUGUGUGUGCGCGUGUGUGUAGGGGGGCGGGGCGGGGUGGGGCCUCUGCGCCUCCUCUCCAUGCACUUCUGCGCACGCACGAACAUGUCUGCUUACACUUCUUCUUUUUUUUUUAUUCGUGUGUUUGUUUGUUUGUUUUGCCGCUUGCGCCUUCUUCUUCUUCCCCGCGUAAAGUCACCUCCGCCUGCUCCCACGACGACGACGACGCCGCCUUCCGCCCCCCCGUCCGCACACACGCGUGGCGCCGUGCCUGCGGAGGGCCCGGUGUACUUUGCUGCCCCCUCCCCCCAACUGCGCCCGCCGCCCCACGACCGCCUCGCUUGUUGA